CCUGAACUCUGCUGACUUCCUUUUAUUGCAGGGUUUAAUGGCGGUGAGCGGUAGAUAGCGGGGGAAGAGUUGUGUUUCGCCCACUUUGGCCACACGGAACCCGCAGCUUAAGCCUGUUUAGAGACGGUACUUUUUAAAGGUGUUGAUUGAUUUGCCGCAGGUUGGGCGAGUGUUUUCUCUCCUGUUGUGGACGAACCCAGACUUAGUUCUGUGAUUUUAUUUAUCCCCACCCCCACCCCCCUUUUGUUUUUCCCUUGACGUGGCCGUAGCCGGUUCUUGUAAAGAACCACCCGUCGAUAGCUCUGAUGGACAAACACAAAGUCAAGCGGCAGAGACUUGACCGCAUCUGUGAAGGCAUUCGCCCACCCAUCUUAAACGGGCCCAUGCACCCUCGUCCUCUGGUGGCGCUCCUGGACGGCCGGGACUGCACGGUGGAGAUGCCCAUACUGAAGGACGUGGCCACCGUGGCCUUCUGUGAUGCCCAGUCCACUCAGGAGAUCCACGAAAAGGUUCUUAACGAAGCUGUCGCCGCUUUACUGUAUCACACCAUCUCACUGUCACGAGACGACCUCGACAAGUUCAAAGGGCUCCGUGUUAUCGUGAGGAUCGGCAGCGGAUUCGACAACGUGGACGUCAAAGCCGCGGCAGAGCUCGGCAUCGCUGUGUGUAAUGUGCCGGCUGCGUCCGUGGAGGAGACGGCGGACACGUCCAUGUGCUUGAUCCUGAACCUGUACCGCCGUGUCACCUGGAUGCACCAGGCCCUGCGCGAGGGCACCCGAGCCUCCAGCGUCGAGCAGAUCAGAGAAGUGGCGGGAGGAGCCGCUCGCAUCCGAGGGGAGACGCUGGGCAUCAUCGGCCUCGGACGUAUUGGCCAAGCAGUGGCUUUGAGGGCGAUGGUAUUCGGUUUUGGGGUGAUUUUCUACGACCCGUACUUGCCCGAGGGGGUAGAAAAAUCACUGGGGCUCCAGCGCAUGGCCACGCUACAGGACCUGCUCAUCCACUCAGACUGUGUGUCCCUCCACUGCAGUCUGAACGAACACAACCACCACCUCAUUAACGACUUCACUAUCAAACAGAUGCGCCAGGGGGCGUUCCUAGUGAACACCGCGCGAGGAGGGCUGGUGGAUGAGAAGGCGCUGGCUCAGGCACUGAAAGAGGGAAGAAUACGCGGCGCAGCUCUCGACGUACACGAGACGGAGCCCUUUAGCUUCUCACAGGGCCCUCUGAAGGAUGCCCCUAAUCUGAUCUGCACCCCCCACACAUCCUGGUACAGCGAGCAGGCCUCCAUCGAGGCAAGAGAGGAGGCAGCGCGGGAAGUACGCAGAGCCAUCACAGGUCGUAUUCCUGACAAUCUGAAGAACUGUGUGAAUAAGGAGUAUCUGAUGGCGGCUUCCCAAUGGCCCUCUAUGGAGACUGCCUCCGUGCAUCCAGAACUGAACGGAGCAGGAUACAGGUUUCCAGCAGGUCUGAUCGGUGUAACCCCAGGAGCUCUACCUGGUGCAGGUGCAGGAGUAGAGGGCAUGGUGGCAGGCACCCUGCCCCUAGCCCACCCACUCGCCCCGGUCUCCCACCCACCACACACCCCCUCACCCGGGCAGCCGACCAAGGCAGAGGCUGACAGAGACGUCCCUUCCGACCAAUAGCAUCCCAACACAUUCCAUCGUUGCCCCAGCGAUGCCCUUUCCCACAUUAUUUUUAGGGCUCGAUUGAUGCCGAUGCCCUGAUUUUUUUUUUUUUUUUUUUUUUUUUUUGACAUAAAAAAAAAACGGAAAAAAAAAAAAAAAAACAGGGUCAAUCCAGUCACACAAGAACACACAAGUCCAGACGUGACCCACUCGAAAAACAUUUCCCCAAAAACCGUCGACCCUUCAACUUCCCUUCCUUCGUCGUCGUAUUCGUUUAUUUUCUCACUUGUGCAGCAAGCAAUAACUCUUUUUCUCAAGGAUUCAGUACUUUUUUUUUUUUUGGUUAGAAUUAGAAAUACCCCACUUUUUAAUUUUAUGCCUUUUUGAAUCUGGACUAGUUGGAGUUUGUUUCGUGUCUCUUCUACCUGCCUUCUGUCUAUCCAGCUGAUUUACAGUAUAAUAAAGAACACAGGAACUUUUUUUUUUUUUUUUUUUGCAGUCUUUCAAGCAUACAUUUGUGAUCUUUUUUUUUUUUUUCAUUUAAGCAUAGAUUUGUCCCUUGAAGCAAAGAGGAAAAGCUGGCUUAAAUCAUCAAAUUUCCUUUUCUUUUCCACCACAGUUGUAAUGGACAGCUAAGAGCAGCCACAGCUUCAACAGAACGAUAAGAGAAGCGACGUGUCCUCUGUCUGCGCCCGACAGCAGCCCGGUUGCCAUCUUGGACACUUGACGUUCCACCUUUUUUUUAUUAUUAUUUUUUCCCCUCCUUUAUGUCAAGGACAUCGUGUCCAUCCUUUCCAUCUGAAAGAUGAUAAAAGAGGACGUUCUCCCAUUUCCUGUGAAGCACGUUUGGGGUUUUGUUUAGUCAUGUGUUAUCAAUAAUGUAUGGAGAAAUGACGCGCGUCUCUGUAAGAGCAUCAUAAAUAUGAUGUCCAAGUCCAGCUUUUUAUCAACGCCUGAAGACUUUUUUUUUUUUUUUCUUCUUCCCAGAAAUCUUUGUCAACUUUAACAGUGUAGAUGUAUACGAUGUCUAUUUUAUGUGUGUGCAUCUCAUUAUGAUUUAUGAUUCUCUUAUAAAGACCAUCUGAUUUGGGAAUAUUCAGUAAGCGUUGUCUUUACACUUAUUCUGUCGUUAUUUCUACAGUCAGUUUUAUGAGAACUGGAGGGGAAAAACAAGCACAUUUUCAAGUGUCUUAAAAGGCCGGUGUUCCACUUACAAAUUUUCAUGUUAUGUUAAAACUUGAUCCUCUGCUCCUUCUUUUUAAAUGUUUUUUUUUUUUUUUUUUCGGGUGGGAUUUUUGUUCUUUUUUGUAUAAAACACACAUAUCCUCCACUUUGAUAUGCAUGGCUCCUUUGUUUUUCUUAUCUUUCUAUACUUCCUGAACGUGUCUCCAUGGGUGGUUCAGCUUUUUCACUUUGACCUUUGUUCUUUUUUCUUUUUUUUUUAUCUCCGAUAGUCCUUCCUUCAGCUCCUGCUCUUCCCAUGACAUCACUGUGUAAGGAGUCAGGCUGCUCUCACCCUGCCAGGUGCUUAAAUGAAGAUGAGAUCUCUUAUAUGCACCCCGCACACGCUUGCAAACACACAAACACACACACACACAUGACUAAAGCAAAGGGGGUUGCAGAGUUUUUUUUUUUUUUUUUUAUAUAUCUUUUAAGUGUGGAUUUCUGUAGUAACAUGAUAUGGCCAUUAGGGGUCAGUGAAAAUGUACUCCUGAGUCCAAUUGUGUCAGCAUUUCAUUGUACCUGCUGCACUCAUCCUUGCUCAGAAACGAUGAGUGCUUUUGUUAAAUGAGGCUUCACGCUUUUAGAGAGGAAGGCAGGCAGAACCAGACUGCAUCACUCCAUCCAUCAGCAGACCGCGUGGCUGACUUCCAAAGAUUCAGAACGGAGCUGUGGGAGGCACGCAAUCUGUCCCUUUAUCAGUCAGAAGUGCUCAAGACGGUCAACAAUCCAGAUCUCAUCAGUGUUAGCCAUUCCCCCCCCCCUUUUUCCCCCCUUUCCUCCUACUUUGUUAAAACCUGACUGCUCUACCCACUGCGGUUUGGAUGGAGCUAGUUCGCUAAAACAAACCAGCUGUAAAUUAUUUUAUUUUUUUUCCCAAAGUGGGUUUUACAAUCAUCCUUUGAGACGAGUCUCUUAUAUGAAAAGUGUUCUGCGUCAAGGGUAACCGUUUCUAGUACCUCAGUAACAGAUAUUGAAUGUAUGAUCGACUUGUUCUUCGCUUAUGUACAGCUUCUUUUUAGAUGUACUGUCGCUAUUUCAGAAAACCAUCGUCGAUCCUCUGUGAGCUUAUGUAAAACACAUCUAACGAAGAUGCAUUUCCCUCCUUAGAGUCUUUUCUUUUUUUUUUUUUUUUUUACAGCAUAGGCUAGCAUCUGGCAGUUUAAAUCCGCAGGCUUUGACUUUUAGAGCUUUCUGUGUCUUUAAGUUGUGAGCGAGCGCAAACCUCAGUCACUUAUUCAUUUAUUGUAGAAAGUGUUUAUGUAUCAGUCAGAUGAGUUGGUUGGAAAGAUGGAUUUCGGGGUCUAGUCUCAAAUAAGCUAGGUGAUGGAAAUAAACUCUAAUGGAAUGGUUUAAGAACGUUCGUCGUGGUGGGGAUCGUACCUGAUCGUGAGUUAUAUUGCUUUGUUUUGUUUUUUUUAAUAUAUUUUUUUACAAAGAUUCGGCUUGCUUUUUAAAAAAAUUUUUUUAUCUAGUUGGCCCUCGAUCGACUGAUGAUGAUCAUCAUUAUAGCGUGUCACUCAUGACCUUGAACCAAGAUUCCGUCAUGCUUGUUUGGGUUAUUUGGUGUCGUCUGACUCUGUCGUCUCCUCUUAUGUCCUUUAACUUUGCUUUUUAAUUUAAUUUUUAUUUUUUUCAUUAUGAUGUAUGUAAUUUUACACCCCUAUGAUUUUCUUCAUUCUCAAACAUCAGCAGUGUGUAUUUGUGUGUAUUAUUCAGUGUUCUACAUGUUGUAUGAAAACAUUUCAAAAAAAAAAAAAACUUUCUCUCCCCUCGUCCAAUUUUAACGCUCCUGUCCGGCAGCUUGUCUACAGGGCUGUUAGGUUCCAGGUUUUCUUUCACUCGCCUGUAGUAGCCUUAAAUUCACACACUGUCCUCAUCACCCCCAGCCCUCCCGUUCCCAAAACUGUGUUCUGUACAGAGACUGGAGACGUUACUUUACAGCCAUCGUGUCUGUUGUCACGGCCCGGUGUGCUGGACGAGUGUUUUAUAGAGAACUCCGACUGGUUUUGGUUUCAAGGUAUAAAUCUGCUCUGCUCUCCCAAAGCCCCUCUCUGGAGUCACUGCUAAAGCCAGUCCAUGAAUAGAUAGUCACUUUCUCUCUCAGGGUUCAAAAUGCACACACACACACACACACGCACUCAUCUACACACCCUGUUCAGGAUUCUGUAGGUCAGUCCUCUCUGAAACUCUCUGAAGCAUGAAGAUCAUUCAGAACGUACUCCUUACAGUCCCUUCAAGCUAUAAACAGUGUCUUCUUUUUCUUUCCCCUUUUUUUUUUUUUUUUGUCUUUAUUUUUCUCGCACUGACAUUUAACAAUGAAAGAAUGAAUGUUUUGAAUUGAACUGUGUGUAACGUUAAACUUGGGAAAUGUAUUUUUACAACAUGUGAACUUUUUAUUCCUUUCUUUCACCACCUUUUUUUCUUUUCUUUGUAAAUUGUCCCUUCUCCCGUCACCAGACUGCAAAAACUACGAAAAAAAAAGAAGAAAAAAAAAAGACCUCUUGUAACUAGGCUCUUAAGCUUUACUUUUGCUUUUGUUUUCUUUUUUAUAUUAGAAAACAAUCAUGUUUGUGAUGGUAACCUCUGUUGGUAAAUUCCACAAGGUAUUUUAAUAAAAUCCUAAAGAUUAA